UUAAACAUAGAUACUUCAGAGAGGAUAAUGGAGGAUAGAAAUCAUUCCUCAGUGACUGAGUUCAUCCUCGCUGGGCUAACAGAACAGCCAGAGCUCCAGCUGCCUCUUUUCCUCCUCUUCCUAGGAAUCUAUAUGGUCACGGUGGUGGGCAACCUGGGUAUGAUCACACUGAUUGGGCUCAGCUCCCACCUGCACACCCCCAUGUACUAUUUCCUCAGUAAUUUGUCCUUCAUUGACCUCUGUCAUUCCACCGUCAUUACCCCUAAAAUGCUGCUGAACUUUGUGACAGAGAAGAACAUCAUCUCCUACACUGAAUGCAUGGCUCAGCUCUAUUUCUUCAUCGUUUUUAUCAUUGCAGAGGGUUACAUGUUGGCUGCAAUGGCAUAUGACCGCUAUGUUGCCAUCUGUAACCCCUUGCUUUACAAUGUCACCAUGUCUUAUCAAAGGUGCUUCCAGCUCACAGUGGGAGUUUAUAUUUUGGCCAUCACUGGAUCUACAGUCCACACAGGCUUUAUGCUGAGACUCCUUUUCUGCAAGGCCAAUGUGGUUAACCAUUACUUCUGUGAUCUUUUUCCACUUUUGGAGCUAUCCUGUUCCAGCAUCUACAUCAAUCAAUUACUGGUUAUAUUAUUGAGUGCAUUUAACAUCCUGACUCCUUCCUUAACUAUUCUUGCCUCCUACGUCUUCAUCCUCUCCAGCAUCCUCCAAAUCCACUCUACUGAGGGCAGGUCCAAAGCCUUCAGCACCUGCAGUUCCCACAUCUCAGCUUUUGCUGUUUUCUCUGGAUCUGCAGCAUUCAUGUACCUGCAGCCAUCAUCUGUGAGCUCCAUGGACCAAGGGAAAGUGUCCUCUGUAUUUUAUACCUGCAUUGUGCCCAUGCUGAAUCCCCUGAUCUACAGUCUGCGGAAUAGGGAUGUCAAAUUUGCCCUGAAGAAACUGUGGACUGUGCAAAAUGUAUAG